AUGUGCAUCUACUGGACAUGCAAGUACACCCUGUGCGGCUGUAUCUGGGAUAUGAGCCCAUCACAAUGCUCAGAUAAGCGGCUCUGCUUGGGACCAAGAAUGAUAACACUCGAAUCCCACACAGCCACAUGCGCAGACUGCUGGGCGAGAGGGGACAAGCGGGUUUACGAACUACAAACAUGUGACAAAGCCGACAGAGCUGGAGAAUCAGCCAAAAUACCGACACCAAAUUGCGAAAGCGACGCAGAUAGGAGUGACAAUACUUCUGACGAUGAAGAUGAGUAUUUUCAAGCCGAGGAGUUCCUGUCUCCAUCUUCGAACUCGCGACCCACCACCCCACAACUAUACUACGAGCUACAUUCUGAACCGUGCCCCGUAUCUGAGGAAAACGAGUUCGAUUUGACCAAGGCCUGUGACCCGGUAGAUCUUGCGUCAAUGGGGAGGAACUAUCGAGCAAGGCGUCACAAGACGACAAGUAAGGAUUUGUCGGAUGGCAUAGAUUCUUUUGUUUCUUGUGAAGAGCACCUCGAAGAAACUUUUGACAGGGAAGAUUCCAGUUCUGGAAAUGAAGAAGAUGACGUCUAA